GUGUCAGCUCAGCACCAGUGUCUCCUCCCAGCAUGAAGCAACGCCCUCUCUCCCCACGGAGAUAAAAACUGUUCCACUCUGCUCCCUUCACGCACAGAUAGACAGUUCAUGAACCCAUCUCCGGUCCGUGUGUGUGUUUGUGUGUGUGUGUGUGUUCGUCCACCCCGAUUGUUCCCGUCCAUGUUGUGAUCCCGCUCCGGUCGGAGACAGUCUACCAUGUCCACCGGGUCUCUCAGCGAUGUCGACGACGAGCUCCUGGACGGCAUCCUCAAGUUCGGCUCCUCGGGCAAAGACUCCAACGAGAGCACGGGGGAGAGCUCCAACUGCGAGGGCGCAAGCGACGCGCCGGGCAAGAAGCGCAAGACGGCGUCCCGGAAAACGGCACCCAAGGGUGUGGCGCAGCAGGAGGGCAAGCACGUGCAGAGGAACGCGGCCAACGCGCGGGAGAGAGCCAGGAUGCGCGUCCUGUCCAAAGCCUUCUCCCGGCUGAAGACCACGCUGCCCUGGGUACCGGCGGACACCAAGCUCUCCAAACUGGACACGCUGCGCCUGGCGUCCAGCUACAUCGCGCACCUCCGGCAGAUACUGGCCAACGACAAAUAUGAAAACGGAUUUAUCCACCCUGUGAACCUGACGUGGCCUUUCAUGGUCGCAGGUAAGCCGGAGAACGACUUGAAGGAGAUGCUGAACACUACGAGGCUAUGCGGAACUACGGCGUCCUGACGGGACCAAGGCGGAGACCCCCCCUCCUCUGUGUGCGGUUUUUUUUUCUAAAUGAAAGGAACAGGGAUUUGUUUUUUUCAAGAAAGAAAGAAAACACGGAUUGUGACUGAAACCAAACGCACGCUUCAUCUCCGCUGACUUUGAGUGGGAAUAUAUGGAGAGAGAGAGAGAGAGAGAUGAUCCUCUCUCCUUCGUUCCCGUAAAGAGAAAUUGAAUAUUAUUUAAAUGCAUCCUGUCACAUAAUGUUGUCUUUGCUGGAUCAAAGAUAAACUGCGCGCUUUAAAUCGCUUUUUUUUUAUAUGAUACUCUGCAGAUGCAUUUCCCCCCUGCAGGCCUGUUGGCGGCCGCACUGUGAUGGAUGUGAAGUAAAUGUUUGUACAGAUUACAUGUAUAUAAAAUAUAUUUGCAUCACUUUUACACCCUGUGUGUUUUUUUUUUGUUUUUUUUUUUUAGUAUUCCGUGUGUGGGGCCCCGUGCUCGCUCUGACCCGCUGACCCCCCCAACUCUUAUCGCUGCGCUGAGCCCGAGCCUCCCUCUGUUGUUACUAAAAGAUAACAGUGGACGCGCUUGUCGUUGCGUAAACAAAACGAUUGCCUUCAAAAGAUUAUCCGCAUGAACAGCAGAUGCAGUUUAAAAUAAAGUCAAAAUAAGCUUAUGUCCCUGCAUGAUCCGCGAAAAUGUGAGGAAACGGUGAGAUUCACACACAAAUUAAAAUGUUUAAUACAGGUUAAAACAAAACAUGUAAACGUUUCAAUAUUUUAUAUCACAGUUCAGACCCUGUCACUUACUUCUGCAACUAUAUUGCCGCAAAAUACGCGUCUAACGUCAUCUUUACGCACACACUAAUUGCGCUCGCUAAUUGGAUCGAGUAUUUAGGGAUUCAGCCAAUCAGAGGUGAGGAGCGGAGCCGCCAGAGGUCAUGUUAUGUACAAAGACAAUCUCAUGCGCGCUGAGCUUUAAUCCCGCCCAGACCAGUUGUUUUAAUUCGCCCGGGUUGUGACCGCUGUGUUUACAUCAGGCCGACAGUUAUUUAUGCGCUCAGCUCUGACACGGCCUCUCUCUCUCUCCCUCUCUCUCUCUCUCUCUCUCCCUCUCUCUCUCUCCCUCUCUCUCUCUCUCUCUCUCUCUCUCUCUCUCUCUCUCUCUCUCUCUCUCUCUCUUUCAUUGUGGUCUGUUGGGUAGAAGGUAAAGAUGGAGAUGGAUGCUGCCGUGUCCACAUGUCAGAUCACCAUUUUAUAAACACCUUUCUCCCUCACUAGCUUUCUCUUCCUCUCCAAAAAUGCUAAGCGACCCGCCUGUAACUCCACAUCUGGAGGUGUGCUCUGAUAAAAUCCAGCAACUGAAUGUAAAUAAGUACAAUUCUGAUGUACUUUUACUUUUCAUUAAGUGUUUGCAUUUUCUGCUACUUCAUAUUUCUGAUGGCAAACAAUGUACUUUUUCACUCCACUGCCUUUAUUUAAAGGUGCACUAUGUAGUUUUACAAAAAAAAAA